AUGGAUGAUAUUGAUUGGGAAUAUUUAGAUAGUUGGGAAUGGGAAAGGAAGAAAAAUUUGGAUAUUAUACGUAAAUCAGAAGCUUUUAAAUUGUUUAAUGAAAGAUCAUGCGGUGAAAUAAAUGCAUGGAAAAAUUGGUGUGAAAUGAUUGAGCCAUUGGAUAAGAAUAAAUUGGAUAUAUCUCAUUGGCUAUAUACUGCAAGAUAUUGGUGUAGUGAUGGUGAAGAACCUUUAUUGGAUGAUUGUAUAAAUUUUAUGUACGUGUCAAAUAAAUGUCAAGUUACUAAUAAUAUUACACAGGCAUGGCAACAAAUUGUGUUUAUAAACAACUGUUUUAGUAAAAUGUAUAUUCAUUAUAAUAAUGAAGGGUGGCACGGUGCAUUCAGUACCGCGGAUAAAACGUACAAUUAA